AUGGCGAAUGUUGGAGAAACUGUAGCGGAAUAUGUAGGCCAUAAGAUCUCAAAAGUUCGAUGGAUGCCUCAAGUACAAGGACAGUUAAAUCCAUCUGAGACUUUUGUGACGGGAGGCUGGGAUGACCAGGCAAGUAAUCGGGUUGUGAAACAAAGAAAAUCACAGCGUACUCAACAGUUUGACAGCACACGAAUCGUACGUUUGAAAGGUUUUUCGAUUUCCCGUUUCAUUUUCCCACCUUAGAUUAAUAAAUUGUGCGUCUGGAAAGUCGAGGAGCCACCUGGAGAUUCGGCAGCAGCCUAUAACGUAACGAACGAACCCAAACUUUUGUGUGAAACAAAUUAUGCAGGCGAUGUUACAGACAUUGAGGUAAGCCUAUUAUUAUAUGUGUACAUCUAGGAAGUUAAUACAAUAACUAAACUUUGAUUAGACUUUCUGCAGGUACCUCAGUGGUAUUUGUAAGAUACUGUGCAUUCUGAAUAUUUGACAUAAACAUGAGAACAGUCUUAAAUCUAGCUUUAUUUAUCUAACUUGAUAAUUUAAGCUUCAAUUUUUAUACUUUAAAUUAUAACUACUUUCAACUAAUACUCGUCAAAGAAUUGAACUGUCCCACACUGGAUGGUGCUAUUGCACCUAUCAUCAGAGGGGACUUUGCAACGCACCCUGUGAGGGUGCUAAAUUUCCCCUUUUAGAUGGAGGCACAGAGCAGUCAAAGUUAAGAAAUUUCCCCUCCUGGAGAGGUAUCAUAUUGAACAACAUAAAACCACAGUUAACUUGAGAUGCCAUUAGAAUGACCCAGUUCACCUGAUUAGAAAUAGUAGCAACCGGAGAUUACGCAGUCCGCCGAGUCCGCCAUCAUUUCCACUAUGAGAAGGGAGGUAAGCUCACAAUCUUCUAACCUGUUCAUAGACCCUCUGUUUUUCUCUUGAAAGUCCGUCAAGCGCGUGUGAUAAAAUAUAAACCGCAGCGGAUGUAUUGACCGCCGGUACAAGGGGGUAGUGGAGGGGGAAGAAGAAAAUUGACAGUCUGUAGACAUCUUUGGGAGCCACUGAAACUUGCUUGUCCCAAGAAAAGCAAAUUACGGUUGGCUGAACAGCGAUUAUCCUGUCAUCGUCAUGUCAAUGACUCAUCAUGCUUGCGUCAUGCGAGUAGAAGCAUUUGUCAUUGCCUGGACAUGCUAACCACGACACUUACUUUAUAAUAAUUGUUGUAAUUUGUAUAAAAAAAACAUUGAUUGAAAGCACUGCCGACUUGUGGACUUGGGAUGGAGUCAUACUACAAGCUUGUGUUGACCAUGUUGACCAUUAUUAUCUUUUGUAUCGGAGUGUAGACUAUGAUGACUGUUUGUCACAAUUUUCAAGUAAAUGCGUGCUAAGAAGAGCAGCGCCAGGCUGUUUUGGGUUUACUGGAGCAAAAGGAUGUUGCUGCGGUUCUUCCCGUGGGUUUUGUGAAAAGUUUAAUUUGGCAGUUGUUCACGCCAGUGACAGUCAAACGAACAGAAAAGAACAUGGAAUUGUAAUUGCAUCACCAUUACAAAGUAUUAUCGAUGAUCAAGUUGAAGCAAUGAGAGAAGCUGGCAUUUCAGCCAUUGCAUUACCUUGCCACGGAACCAUGAGGUGAUGCAGACAUUCUGUUUUUAAAAAACUGAAAGCUAUCAUUGUUGUGCUCAGUUUCUUGAAAGCUGGCUUAAAUUAAAGAAAAUCUAGUUCGGUUUCUUCUAACCUGAUUACUGCAAUGCGAACAAACCCUACUUGACUGAUCCCAAAUGUUUGGCGGUUCCAAAUGUUUGUCUACAGGCUCUCACCCUUUUCCUUCCCUCUCCUCGCGAUCUUUUCACCCUGUGAUCACUUCUUCAGUUUAUUGAUUUCUGUUUUUAAUUGUUUCAGUGUAUUGACUCAGUAAGAAUCUUGGUCUCAUCCUCAACAGGCAGUGUUAAUUUGUUUCAAUACAGCUCAAAACACCAGGCUAGUACAUGGAUUAUUUUAACAUCUUUUUUGCUUUGAUUCUUGAUUAUUCAGUAAUUCACCAUUUUUGCAUUGCCCAUAAUACAACAUUGUCUUCAAUAGGCCAUUUCCGAGUUCCCCCGAGCCUCUUUUUCAAAACGAAGGUAGCUGCUCAGCCUUUGAUAUGGAAAUCAUUUUUCAUUCUCAUGCAAGUAAAACACAUUUUCACAAGAAAGGUUGGGCACCUAGCCUCAUUUUGAAAGUGAGGGUUUUUGGAACUCGGAAGUGGCCUAUUUCUCUUGGAACGAUUGUAAUACACAGGGUAAAUUAGAAACGAAGGUUAUACAAGGAUUGGGGUGGGGGGGAAGGGGUAAACAAGGUAUAUUAUAAACAAUGUGAAUAUGCUGUAGGAAAAAAUUCUAAUCUUGAUCUUAGCCAUUCAUAGCCUCCCCGCAGACGUCCUUUGGGGUUCGUUUGUCACGCAUUCAUUUCUCCCCCGUGGGGGAGAAAUGAAUGCGUGACAAACGAACCCCAAAGGACAUCUGUGGGGAGGCUAUGCCAUUCAUGACCAAAACUAUUUAUGAAAAGUUUCCCUGUGGUUCAAAAAUACCAUUUUCAAUAACUUGAUGGGAAGGUGUUAUUUAGAUUAUUAUAAUUAUUAUUGCUAAUAAUUGAAGACCUUUCACCUUCUUCCCUUUCACUCUAAGAUUUCACUCAUAGCGACAUGAUGCAUUUCCAAGUUUUGAGCUUCUGGGAAAAGACAAAACAAAGCAAAACUGAUGCCUUUUGUAGUUCACUUGGUACAUUUAAGUAUGCUGUACAAACUGGUUCCUAUUUGGUUCCUAUGGUGUGAUCUUUCAAAAUAAAUGAAACUUCUUUGGGUGACAUUAUUGCAUGGUGGUAUUUGGAGAUGUUUAUUUUACACCAAUCAAAUUUUAACACUGUUUCAAUCUUUUAUUUUGGCCUCUAUUUACAAAUAGCGAAAGUAAGGUUUCUUUGUUAUUCCAGGCCAUUAGACCCCAGCAAGAGUGGGACAUGCUUCAUCAUAUUGGAGGUCGUGCAUGUUCAUGCACAUGUCUUGCAGUAAGCUCAAGCUCAUCAGAAGCUGUAACUGCUGGUGAGGAUGGACAAAUCAACUUUCUCAAACUUGAUCAGAGGCACCCUGUAAGAACAAUAGGUAAGAACACCUUUAAGCCCUCCUUUUAAACAGUCAAAAUAUGUUUACCCUUCUCUCUAACAAGCCCUCCACUCCCCCCUCUUACCACACAGUCUUGAAAAGUCUUUGAAUUCCAUUGUUCCUUAAAAAGGCCUUAAAUUUCUAGGAAAGUCCUUGAAAAAAACUUCAAAAUGUAGUGGCCUUAAACAAAAUUGUCCAAGACAGAAUAUAUAUAAAUCAUGAAUCAAUGUUUUAUGCAAAAAUGAACUAUGAAUUUAAGACAAGUGAACUGAAAAAUGUAGCGAAGUUGGUGAAGCAGAUAGUUCAAGCCUUAAAGCCUUUUUAGAAUAGCUGGGCAUGUGCAUUUUUGUACAAUCUGUGAAAUUAUAUGUCGGUGGUCCUUGAAAAAUGGUUGUAAUUUUUUGUAUGAAGCCUGUAAUAAACUUAGCCCAAAUGUUCUUUUUAAACAAAACUGUAUGAAUUUAAUUAAGAGCCUGAAUUUUUUCAGGCUUUCCCAGAACUGCAAAAGUUCAUCAUAUAUGAUCUUUUUCAUAAUUCUUAGUUCUCAUAUAUGAUUUUCAUAUAUUCAUAACUUCAUCAUCAUCCUUUCACGGGUUUAUAACAAACCAAUUCAACAACCUGCUCCCAGUUGGCUUGUUAGCUCAAUUGGUAGAGCGCUGCACCGGUAUCGCAGAGGUCAAGGGUUCGAAUCCUGUACAAGCCUGAAUUUUUUCAGGCUUUCUUUCCACAACUGCAAAAGUUGUAUCUAAAACUGCGAUGAUCUCCUUUCAUAUAAUAAUUCUUCACCCCGCAGUUCUCAUAUAUGAUUUUCAUAUAUUAUUCAUAACUUAAAAAUAUUAUUUUUGUAUAUUUCUUGUUAGAAGCAGCAGAUAGCACAACCAUAAACAGUAUAACAUUUACAAAAACACACGAGGUAGCCGCUGUAACAUUUGGUGGGCAAAUGAAAGUAUGGGAUCUGAGGCAAACAAGUGAUAAACCUGGAAGAACGAUGCUACUGUAAGUGGCCAAAAAAUGUUUCUUAAUAUUUGCUUUGAAAAUGUUAAGAGUGAGCGGACACGUUACCAAAGAAAUGCAAGGGAAAACUGAAAAUUGUAGCAAAUCAAUGUGCACCAGUAUCUGAAUGUGGUGAAUGUAUAGGGUAGUUAUAAACAUUGAACAUUGUUUGAUUUCAAGAACUGUUUUUGAAGAAAAACUGACAACAUUACCAUGGGUCUGUAAAAUCAAUAGAUACAGUACAUAAUCUGGCACUUAUAAGCCCUAACCCCCCCCCCCCACCCCCAGCUAUGGUUGGUCCAUUUUCCUGUAAACAACAACAACAACUAAACCUGUAAAUAAGCCCCCUCCAGAUGUAUUGAAGUGAACUCGAUUUAUUAUGAUGUUUAAAUUAUGAUGAUUGAAAAAACAGACCCCCCUCCCUCAGAAAAAAUGAAUUUUUUCUAAUUAGGCUAAAACCAGUAAACGCAAAAUGUACUUUGCUCAGCACUGCUAUGAAUAGCGUUUUUUGAAGCACUUUUUCUGCUCCACUAAAUCAUAAGCUCCCUUGGGUAUAAAGACCUCUGAGGGUUAAGAGGUUAAAAAAGAGGAAGUGAGGGUAAGAAAGAGAGUUAACAAAUAUUAGUAUAGGUAAGAGAAUGAUUUGUGGUGAUAUUUGGCAUAAAUACCACAAGUGAUAUGUCAAAAUUGUCAUACAUAAUUUGAGACAAUUUUGAAAUAUCACAAGUGGUAUUAAUAACAAGUAUCACAUACAAAUCAUGCUACCGGUAUUAUUAAUUUUGUUUACACUACUACCCGCAAUUUUUACAUGUAGGUAUUUCAAAUUAAGCUGAAAUACCACUGCUCUAAGCCAAUCAAAUUGCAGAAAUUUCUCAUGUAGUAGUAUAAUAUGGCUAAUUGAUUAACAUUUCAAAUGCAGCAGUGUUUAUGACCGGGGCUCAGACUUAACAACACGUCUGUUUUAUUUAGUAAGCAGUUUCAUUUCAAGUGAAAAAAUAGAAAUAUGUGUGGCUAUUAAAAAGACUAUUUUAUGAAUCUCAAAAUUUGUUCAUUAAAUCUAAUGAAGCACUAGCACUCAAAAUGUCAUCUGUUUGAGUGUUAUUAUACUUUUAUACUGGUAUUAUUAUUUUAUGUGUAGUUCUGGUGAACGAGUGUCGUUGCUGUGUGUUGAUAAACACCCCACCCAGCCCCACCUAUUGGCAGCAGGAGGGCAGGAUGGGGUAUUGAGUAUCUGGGACAUGAGACAGGAACUGUAUCCUGUUACUUUACUGGAGGCACAUGCUGCAGAAAGUGAGUGUAUUAAAUACUUCAGUAGGCUAUUUAGGGCAUCUUUGACUGACCUUAUUUCUAGUGUAAGUCAAGAAUACAUGGAAUAAACAUGAAAAAUGAGGAAAGGGAAAAGGGAAAAUGGGAAAAGGGAGGCAGAGAGAAGUUACUGAAGAACACUCUUGGCAAACAACAUUGGCUGAAACCCUCCUCAUAUGUUCUGCCUGAAACAUGUAUACCUCACUUGACCAUUGUUGAGGACUACUGUGCAUGUACCUUCAAACUGCCCACUGGCUGCUAGCACUGUUGGUGCUCUUUAUAGUCAAGUCCUUUAAAUUGCAUUUAAAUCCCACAGGCAUUCCUUUCUUCCUUUCUCUCUCUAUAUUUUUUUCUUUUUCCCUGCUCUCCAGUUUGCACCUCUCCAAAUAAAUGACCUCUUUUAGUCAGGUCUCUUAGGGUCAGGAUCGUUACAGAGUUGACAAAAGCACCAAACUUUGCACAACGAUAGCUUAUUGCAGUACCAUGAAUAUUAGAGGGGGUGCCCACUGCAAAUAUGCCACUGAAGCGUGCUAAAGAGGAUUUAAUUAUUGUAAAUUUCACCUGCUGGGGUCCCUGUGGUGUUUUGAUUGAAAAUUGUUAUUUAAUACCUUAAAUCACUCUGGAUUCUAUUCUCAGGUUGUAAACAACAAUUUCACUCGAACAUGUGGCAUUCCCAUCCAUUUUUGCUUAUUGAUUGUAUAAUUAAGUUGAUUAUUACUGUGCCCUUAAAGCAAGUUCACAGUCUGCCCACAUGUUCAUAAGUCAUUUCUAAGAUGGCCUCGUCUUUGCUUCAUAACUUGCAAGUACUCAGCUUCUGGGGUCUCUUCUUCUUUUCUAAUGUAUUUCAAUUAGAGGAGGCCUUAUUGUGUGGCUUAAGCCUUAUUUAUCAAGUAUUACUUGUCAUUACAUGUCACUUUAAGCUGAAGAAGGCAAAAAAAAUUUCAGAAAAAAGAAAUUGUCAAAGAGUCUGUUGUAUCACAUAUUAUCAGGGAUUUAAACAGCUAUUCAUGAAGAGCAAAUAACAAAAUAACAGAGCCCAAAAUACUUCUUUCCUAGGGAGGUAAUUAGUUUUUCAGCUUAACAUAGGCCUGGAUGCCUUUCAGUCUCUCUUUAUCCAGUUAUCUGCUGGAUGCUAGUGCAUGUUUUGACAGAGAAGUAAGCACCGUGGCACAAGUCAUAUUAUUUACAAUUUCCGCAGUUUGUUUAAGCUUUACAAAGCAAAAACAACCAAAAAAGAAUCUGGUCUCAUAAACGAAAAAAAGAAACAAGCUAGCCCAAGCUUAAAAAAACAGCACAGUUUAUCAUGAAGCCUCUACAUUUGGCACUGAAGCACUCAUGUCCAAAAAUAAUAACAGCUUAUCAAGUCGUAAAAGUGAGACUCAAGUGGAACAAGAUUGACUCAAAUGAUAAAUGGUGAAUAUUUUAACUGCUGAAACUGUAGAAAGGGGACCGGGCUAACUUUUAGGGCCUGUUUGCAUGGAGGAAGGGGACCCCAGGUAGGAAUGGUAACCCACUUAGGUGGGGUAACCCGCCUGUCCAUAUAAUCUCUCAUUUUAAUUUGAUCACGUUUACAUGAUAGGUGGGGCCACCCUUCAAGGUGGGUAGUCUGGUCUGCCACACCAGGUAACCCUCUCAGCUGAGGUCAAAUUUUGCCAUGUCAACGUUUCAAGGUGAGGAAACCCAGACUAGUCGGGCUGGGAUUCGAGAUAUAUCAAAUUCGCGCAAAAUUCACUUUGGCGCUGGGUGGCUUCACAUAAUUAUUAAAGGUAACAAUAGAAAGCCACAACACUGAAGAUUGCAGCAAGAGCAGCAAUUGAGCGUAGACGUGGUUUGCCAGCAUUUUUCUUGUUUACAUGGUUAGCGACCAUUCAUAUAAUCUUGAGAAACUGCACCCCAGGAUGGCGGGGUUGUAAGAUUGCAUGUAAAGGAGGGUUGUUUUUUUACCCCACCUAAGCAGGUUACCUCACCUACCUGGGGUCCCCCACCUUUAUGUUAACAGGCCCUAAGUCUCCAGAACCGUGAAACUGGUAAUAAACGGUAUACCUAACACGGGACUAGCUAUGAUACUACCGGCCAUCUUUAAGAACGUCAGCAUAGCAGCCAAAGAAGCCAUUAUAUCGGUGUAAAACGAAUAUUAGAUUGCGGUUGUUUCAUGCGUCUUGUUUUGUGACUUUUUCUGUGUUCGUUUUUGUCACCAUCUCCAAAUAUCAAUCAUGUUCAAAACACCCCUACUAACAAAAUAUUUCGUAAAGCUCUUUAGAAUGAUAUUCAGCAAUAAAAACAAGGUGUGACCAGGAGCCGAUUUCUAGGCUCCUGGUGUGGCAACAUAGGCAUAAGUGAAUGCAAAGUUUUCCAGUAUGUAAUCUGUCAAAAAUCUGUUUGAGUGGUCAAAGUUGGGGCUGAUGGGCUUCUUUAUCAUGACCACUCCAUUAUUAUCAGGGACCAGGCCAUAAUUAUUGUUGACCCCUGCUUUUUUGGUAUUUUAUGUAAUUUUCCACAGCAUUAUUUUGUGAAAAGUCGGUAACUGAAUUGCUCUUGAGGAAUUAAUGAUCGUAAGAUUUCGUAACCACGGGGUAUUCGCCUAAUUGCAUCAAACAAAUUACAUUCAUUUUCAUAAAUGAUGCAUCAUUGGUUGGCUAAAAGAGGCCUUAUUCCUGUAAAUUUCAGCUCUUCUGAAGUUAGUUUGUUUGUAAAUUGUAACGCACGCGACGACCUUCCUUUUUUUUGAAAGAUCGUAUAGACCUACCAUUAACACUCUGGUCCAAGGGCUUUGAAGUGAAUGAGCCGCUUACAGGUGUAUAGGCAUGCGGAGACCUCAUACACUUUUUUUUAAAUGCAAAUGUGCAAAAAAUAAAGAGUGUUAAAAAUUCCUGGAGAGGCAUGUUUUACAACCUCGUCCCCAGGGCUUAAUAAAAAGGUAGAAAAAGGUAAAGCGACCAUAUUUUGCGUCAAUAACUCUUGACAGUAAUAAUAAGUGAUAAACUUGAGGUCGACGGUGCGCUCCUUUUACCCCCCUCUCUCCAUUAAUUCUCCAUUUUAAGGGCAUUUAAAGCUAGUCAAAGCUACACAGGAAGGAGAGAAGCUGAAAUAAGGAGGUGUUAACACCGGGCUCGAACUCGGGACCUCUCGCCCCGAAGGCUGCGCACUAACCAACUGUGCCACCCUUGCUCCUCCUUUUCCCCCUGAGGACGAGGUUGACAUGUUUUAAUCAUUAUCUCAAGGACAGGGUUACCAACGAAGCAAAUUAUAAUCUAAUCUUAGCUGCACAAUUACAAAGAGGGCGCGUUGUCAGUUACGGUUCAUGAGGUCGUUCAUGUGGCAUGUCAAACUUUAACGAUUCUAUCGUUUAGGAUGUGAUACAUUUGAGUUUUAUGUUAUUGUAUGACAUCUUUGAAAGCUGGCUUUGUGAUCUGUUUAAAUUGAUAUGUAAUGAUAUUAUCACUGGCAAGUCUUAGCAGUGACACUGAUAGCCGCACAGUCCGCACAAUGAACAUGGCCACACUUACCGUGUGGAGAUUGGGCACUAGUCAGUAUUAUGUACAUGUAAAACUAUUUUGAAUAGUGUAACAACAACUAAACAUUACCAAAUUAAAAACUUAAAAAUUUGCAACAAGUGUUUUUUAGCCAAAUCAAACAAGAAGAGUACUCACCACAGGGCACCCAAUCUGCUAUUAUAGGUGAAAGUUAACCCCCCCUUUUAUCUGUAAUUAGGACCAUUUGUAACGGGCACCCCCUCCAGUAUUAAUCGGUAGGUGCUAAGGAAGCUCUGUGCCAAAUUUGACACUUUUGUCACGUCUGUAACGAUCCGGCCUAUAUUUUGCACUAAGAGACCUGACUAUUAUGCUAGGGACUAGAGAAGUAUUUUUCUUUUCCCAUCUCCAUGAAAGAUCCCCUUCAGUCAUGUUCAAUUAACUCAACUAGAUUCCAGUGGACAAACCUGGAGUCCAAUGGAGUCUAGUCAAGAAAUGAAACUGGAAGAACAGUGGCAUCCACUUGACCUACUAGAAGUCUGGUCAUAAGAUAAAACCAGAGGUGUAAAAAAAAAAAAAAAAUGAGGAGAGAGUCGGAAAGUCAUCUGGAGUCCAUAUGACUGGAGUCUAGUUUGACAGAAUUGGACAACCCUCGAAAGAUCUUCUUAUUGAAUCAUGAUCAUCACCAUGUUGUAUAACUGAAACAUCUUAUUUCAUCCUUCUUGCACCAGUUUGGGAAGUCAAGUUUCAUCCCCUCAGUCCCGACAAUCUAUUCACAUGCUCUGAGGAUGGCUCUCUCUGGCACUGGGAUGGUACCUCUGUAGCUGUGCAAAGUGUCACUGGACUCCCAGGUGCAAAUAAAAGUUUCCUUCCGAGCAGUAUUGGCAAUGGUGCUGGCAUCGGCGGAGGAUAUGACAGCAUAAGUCCGUGGCUUUCAGUGGAUGCAACAAAACAUAAAAUGGAAACAUUUUCUCUACUUCCUUAUAAUAGACUGUCAAUCAAUUCUCUGGACAUCCAAUCUAAACACUUAUUGAGUGGCAGUGACUGUGAAGCUAUUUUUAUCAUCAAAGAUCUUGUCAUUAGAUGAUUACGUCUUUUUUUUUCUAGUAAUAAUGUUUAUAACUUUUAUAAUGUACAUGUAGAUCUAAGGGUGUACAGUGAAAAAAUAAUUUAAUUCUUUCAGGUGAUAAUAAUUUAUAAUAUUAUAGUCAUGUAAGCAGUGUUCUCACCAGGAUUUUGCCUUGGGGAGUCCCAGGGCCCCCUCUUCUGAGAAAUAGGGGCCCUGAAAGAACAUUAGGGGGACAAAGUUAUAAAAAUGCACGGUACGAAGAACCUGAGCCUGCACUCCAAAUUGUCUGUUACAUGAAGUACCUACCUGAUCCAAUGUGGCGGAAGAGGUGUUUACGAUUCAGAGGAGGAGUUUACGAUGUAGUGGGACAUGCGUGGGACCAAUGAAAGUAAAGGCGACAAAAUUAAAGACUUUGACUCUUUUGAUAUCAUGUUUUUUAUUUAUUCAAACAAACAGAAUGCUUUAGUGUUGGGUUGACCAUUAAAACUACUUAAGUCCGUUUGACUUGUAGCUUGCCCCUGCGCCCUAACGGGCGCAUCUUCUUGGUUUUAAUACGCCAUUUCAGUUUUUCUUGCGGGAAUCCCGCAAGGCCGCGGCCUGGUGAGAACACUGUGUAAGACAAUACUUAACACAUGAAAGGUCAUCAUUGUUAUGUACAUGAGGUAGCAGUUGCAUAAAGAAUGCUAGGCUUAAAUUUCUGCCACUCUUAGUCCAGUCAUGUACCUUUCCGAGAAGAGAUGGCUGGAUACAUUAGUGGUCAAUCAUGUCUGAUGCACCGGUGUAUUCAUAAUAAAAGAUAAAAUAUUUAAUUAACGCAUAAUUGUUAAAAAAAAAUACCAGAGUUGACGUGUUGAUUUUGCCUCUCCGUCAACUUUCUCUUUGCCACUAAACUUAGCAACGAUGCUUACUGAUUUCCAUUGAUCUUGCAUUAGCAAAGUUAGGGAUGAAAUUACAAAAAACGGACUUGAAAGUCAUCUCCUUCAUAAUGGCUGUCAACAACCAUUGGUGCAGACUGAAAAAUUUAUAAUAAUUCAAUUAUUGUCAGUUUUUGAAUAACAAAAACAUCCUCACCAUUCAGCAGCUUCUCUACUACUGUAGCUCUUUUCAUUGUAAAUAUUUCAGGUUUUUAUUAAGCUUAAAAUGCCC